AUGGCUGCUCAAGCAGUAGUAGCUCCAUCCAUGAUGAGUGAUCCAGAGAGUACUACUGCCAAGAGUUCAACAACACAAGAAGAAGAAGAUGUCCUCCCACCCAAGGAUUUCGUAGCCGCACUUCCAGUAAGAGAGGGGUGGUCUGAACCACUGGUUCAAUACAAGAACUACUGGUUCAGGCCGAGGCUCCUGGAGCAGAUCCUGCUCGUCCAGCACGCCUUCGUGCCCCGCGCCGACGACAUCAUCCUCGCCACGCAGCCCAAAUGCGGCACCACCUGGCUCAAAGCCCUCGCCUUCACCAUCGCCAACCGGUCCCGCUACGGCUUCAGCGACCACCCGCUCCGCACACGCCACCCACAGCAUGUCGUGCCGUUCAUCGAGAUCCCGGGCGCCGGCCCGAACCACACCGACAUCCAUACACUUCCGCCUCCGAGGCUUCUCGCCACGCACAUGCCCAUGUCGUUGCUCCCGCCGGGCACGAGAUCGGUCGGCUGCCGGGUCGUGUACCUGUGCCGGGACCCCAAAGACGCCCUCGUGUCAAGGCUGCACUUCGAGAACAAGGCGUUCCAGGGCACCAAUCUGUCCAUGGACAAUGCUUUCAGCAUGUUCUGCGAGGGGUUCUCGCCCUAUGGCCCCUUCUGGGAUCACUGCCUUGGGUACUGGAGGGAGAGCAUAGCAAGGCCGGACAACAUCCUCUUCUUGAAGUAUGAAGAGAUCAAGUCCGAUCCUGUGCCCGUGGUGAGGAAGCUGGCGAAAUUUCUCGGCAUCCCGCUGACCGAGGAGGAGGAGAGCUCUGGUGUUGCUCAAGAGGUGGUGAAGUUGUGCAGCUUUGAGACGCUUACCAGCCUGCAAGUGAAUCAGGUCGGCGGCGUUCGUCACGGUGAUAAAUUUUUCUUGAGUAACUCUGUGUUUUACAGAAAAGGAGAAGUAGGGGACUGGGCAAACCACAUGAGCCACGAGAUGGGGGAGGAGUUGGACCGCAUCGUCCAACACAAGCUUGAGGGAUCUGGGCUUGUGUUUUGA